AUGGUGCGAACUGUUCACUAUACCAUAAAUUGUAAAAGCGUAUUUCAGCGACAUGAGUUAUUGAAUGUUUAACAUUUGAGUUAUAAAUUUGACAAUUAUAAAGAGCAAUUGCAAAACUAUAUAAUAUAUCCACUCUGAAUACGAUAUUCAUCAGUCAAAUAAUAAAAUCCAAAAUGCUGCGGACGGUUACUGAGAUGACUCAUCUAAAAAACAUAAUCAAAGAGUUUCCUAAGAAUAUAAAAUUUUGCUUUGCUUACGGAUCAGGUGCAUUCAAGCAGACUAAUAAUAACAACAACAAUAUGUUGGAUCUAAUAUUUGUUGUGCGAAAUGCAAACAAAUGGCACGCAGAAAAUCUGGCGAUGAAUCCCAAACAUUAUGCACAACCGCUGAGAUUUCUCGGUCACAAAAUCAUCACUAAUGUGCAAGAAGGAUCGGGUGCUAAAAUAUUUUACAACACACUAGUCAAAAUCAAUGACAAUCAUCUCAUUAAGUAUGGAGUAAUUUCUGAAGUUUCGCUGGUAGAGGAUUUAUUAGACUGGAACGACUUGUACUUAGCGGGAAGAUUGCACAAACCAGUCAAAGUGUUGAUAGAACCCGACGAAAACUCACAAUUGCGUACAGCUUUGGUACAGAAUUUGCAUUCAGCCGUACACGCAGCUUUGCUCUUGCUACCCGAACAUUUUACAGAAAUUGACUUUUUCAAAAAGGUUACUGGCCUGUCUUAUCACGGUGACUUUCGAAUGGUCUUUGGCGAAAAUAAAGAAAAGAUUAGUAACAUAGUGUUGCCGCAGCUGUAUUAUUUCAAGCAGCUGUACGAACCAAUUCUAAAGCACUUUGAAAAUUACGUAGAUAUACCUAAAUCGGAUCAUAUGGCUACUAUGUGUCAUCAGGAUACCAGCCCGGACACCAAGAUUCAUCAUUUGAAUCAUUUACCCAGAACGCCUCAAGUUAAACUAGUGCGAGCGUGGUCACAGGGUCCAAGAUCCAAAGAUACGGAAGAUUGUCUGCGUGCUAUUGCGCAUGAUCCAGAAUGUUGCGAUAUACUUGAGCAAUGUUUGAAAGAAAUUGUUUGGAGAUCUAGUUUAACUCAAAGUCUAAAGGGUAUUUUAACGGCAGGUCUCACGAAAUCCGUUAAAUACAGCAGUGCUAAGAUAAUUAAGAUGUUGCAGUCUAAUCCCCCUCAAAACAUUCUACCCAAACCAGAACCAAGUAAAAUCGAUAAAAUUGUUGAAUCUGUUGUAAAGAAAACAGAAACCAAGAAUACUGAAAAACGUGUCGAGUAAUUACUGUCUCGUCUCCUAGAAA